AUGCUUGUAGCAGUUCCAAAUAACACCAAAAUCGAGGAUAAAAGUCUUGGAACAUUCAAGCUUUAUGACAACGAAGACGUUCUACAGGUUGCCAAGCAGUGCAAUCACACAGUGAUUGUUCACCGUUUCUUACUUCCCAAAAAAGGAGUCUACGUCAUGUGGAAAGCCCCCGAGAGAGGAUCAGGCUGCGUCCAAUUUAGGGCCACUGUUAUUGAGGAAGCUGACCUCUGGUACAAAGACCACGGUGAUCUAACGAAGGUCAUCUGCGAGGAACCAAGUAAGUUAAAUUCUUUUUCAGUUAAUCUCGCCGUCUUCUUCUUCUUCUUCUUCUUCCUCUUCUUCUUCUUCUUCUUCUUCUUCUUCUCCUCUUCCUCCUUCUUCUACUCCUCCUCCUCCACUUCCUCCUUCUUCUACUCCUCCUCUUCCUCCUGCUAUAUGGAAUCGAUGAUCGGAAUGAUUACUCAAUUUUUAGCUGAUUAUUUCUUGAAUGUUCUUUCUACUACUUGUGCUACAAUACAACUGUUAUUACUAAUAUUUUUCUGUGACAUCGUGAAGAAAUUACUUUUUUUCUUUACUUUUUUUUCUUUACUUUUUUUUUGCAAAAACUAUUUUUAUCUUGCUUCCUUUUUGUUUGUUUGA